GUCAAGCUCAUCAGGAUAGUAGCAAAUUAUUGUUCAAACUUUCGUUAUAAACUUAAUAACCGUGGAAAACUCGUCGUCUUUUGGCUCCACAGAUCAAUUUAAAAAGAAUGCCUUUUAAUUUCUGAGAUUCAAAGGACUUUUACAAAAUCACAUUUACAAUUGCCUUAAAUUUCGCAUAUUCAACAUACUAUGGCCUUGGUUCCAACAUCUUCCAAUUUAUAUAAGCAAUAGCUCCUUAAGAGAACACUUCUUUCGCAGCUCUUUUGCUUCUUCAAACAGAACCCUCAAAAAGUCCCUCCUCUGCAGGUCUUUUCCCAACUCCCCAUAAUUGUGAAUCUUAUUUACUAUUUAAUACUUAAUAAAAAUCGAUCAGGUAUAGAAUAAUAGUAGCAAACAGUAAUUCAACAAACACUAACUCAUUUUUUGCAGAUAUAUUACAUGUAUGGCUUCCAACAUACGAUCAACUUACCAGGCCCAAUUACCCUUCCAACAUCUGUAUACCAACUCAAAACAGCAAAUAUUAGCAAAGUAUUGGAUUGAAUCUGUUCUAGGAUACCGUCUUCCUUCAAAUGAUCUUUCAUGCUUAAAAGAUGGAAUAAUACUUUAUAAAAUUAUCCAAGCUUUGAUCAGUCAUCAUUUUCUACCAACUGACUAUCAAGUUAAAUCUAAUGCCCAGCAACCGGUAAGUAGAGGCUAAUCUCAAAACUGUAUUUAAAAGGGGUAAUUAAAAAAGUACGAGCAAGAGAAGCAUAAGCAGGAAACAGAUGUAGCAGGAGGCCGAAAGAAACAUUUUAUUACGAAAGGGAG